CUGCACUAUGGUCAUUAUUCCUCUUACGUAAACUUCGACAAGCACCGAUUUUUUAAAAGAAGAAGAUAUCUACUGCUGUACAUUCCUACGAAAACUUUUAAAAAACGAACAUGUUUUCUACCGUUGGUAGAGCUGGUCUCUUGGCCACGAGGACGGUAGUUAACAACUCCUUGACCGAGAAGACACCUUUGGUUGCCGGAGCCUUAGUGAAUAAACGUGACUAUGCAGCCAAAGCAGCAGGAAAAGGUCAAGGUAAGGUGGUAGCUGUUAUCGGUGCUGUCGUAGAUGUACAAUUUGAGGAUAAUCUACCUCCCAUCCUUAAUGCUCUCGAGGUUCAGAACAGGUCCCCUCGGCUCGUCCUUGAAGUGGCGCAGCACUUGGGUGAAAAUACAGUACGUACCAUUGCCAUGGACGGUACAGAGGGUCUCGUUCGUGGACAGGCCGUCCUCGACUCUGGCUCACCUAUUCGUAUUCCCGUUGGAGCGGAGACCCUUGGACGUAUCAUCAAUGUAAUCGGAGAACCUAUCGAUGAGCGUGGUCCAAUUCCUACCGACAAGACAGCCGCCAUUCACGCCGAGGCGCCUGCAUUCGUCGACAUGUCUGUAGAGCAAGAAAUUCUGGUAACUGGUAUCAAGGUCGUAGAUCUGCUUGCGCCUUACGCCAAGGGAGGUAAGAUCGGUCUUUUCGGCGGCGCUGGUGUCGGCAAGACCGUACUUAUUAUGGAACUGAUCAACAACGUUGCUAAGGCCCACGGUGGUUACUCAGUAUUCGCUGGUGUAGGAGAGCGCACUCGCGAAGGUAACGAUUUGUACCACGAGAUGAUUGAAUCAGGUGUAAUUUCCCUGACAGACAAGACAUCCAAAGUAGCGCUUGUGUACGGUCAGAUGAACGAGCCCCCUGGCGCGCGUGCCCGUGUCGCUCUCACAGGACUGACGGUUGCUGAAUACUUCCGUGAUCAGGAAGGACAGGAUGUACUACUUUUCAUUGAUAACAUUUUCAGAUUCACCCAGGCUGGUUCAGAGGUAUCUGCGUUGCUGGGUCGUAUUCCUUCUGCUGUAGGUUACCAACCCACCCUUGCCACUGACAUGGGUACUAUGCAGGAACGUAUCACCACCACCAAGAAGGGAUCUAUCACUUCUGUACAGGCUAUUUAUGUACCUGCUGAUGACUUGACUGACCCUGCUCCUGCUACCACCUUCGCUCACUUGGAUGCUACCACUGUAUUGUCCCGUGCUAUUGCUGAACUGGGUAUCUACCCUGCUGUAGAUCCUCUUGACUCUACCUCACGUAUUAUGGACCCUAACAUCAUUGGUGCUGAGCACUACAAUGUAGCACGUGGCGUUCAGAAGAUUCUACAAGACUACAAAUCUCUACAGGACAUUAUUGCUAUCCUUGGUAUGGAUGAGUUGUCUGAAGAAGACAAGCUGACUGUAGCACGUGCACGUAAGAUCCAGAGGUUCCUUUCCCAACCUUUCCAGGUAGCUGAGGUUUUCACUGGCCAUGCCGGAAAACUUGUACCUCUUGAGGAAACCAUUAAGGGAUUCUCUAAAAUUCUUCAAGGAGAGUAUGACCAUUUACCUGAAGUUGCAUUCUACAUGGUUGGCCCAAUCGAGGAAGUUGUUGCUAAAGCUGAAACUUUGGCCAAGAAUGCAUAAACCUUUUCCUAGAAAUUAUAUUAGAUGAGUAGUCAUUUGAAAAACUCAUGUUAUUUAUUAUUAUUCAAAUACUAUUGUAUCUCAACACCCAAUACAAAAUGUAAAAGUAAUACAAGCAUGCAAUAACUCCAUUUGGUAAACGACAAAAUAAAAAUUUACUCCUA